AUAUAACAGCCUGCGAACAGGCGUGCUCUGCUAUUCAUCAUGUAGAUUUGUAAGAAAACUACUCAAAGAAAUACGGUUUAAUUUAAAAAUGCGUGUCCUAACACACAAUAUGCUUAUGUCUAACAUUAAAGGUGUUAAAAAUGGAUAUCCAUUGCUCAUUGAAGCUUUGGAUAUUACAAUUAAUGAAGUUGAAUUCAAUGCACAAUUCAUAUCACGUAUGAUACCCAGAUUGGAUUGGAGUGCUGUUGUCCAGGCUGCCAAACAGCUUGGAAAGGGUGAAGAUUUUCCAUGUGAAGUUGUUCCAGAUUUUGAAAAUGAUGAAGACUUUCUCAGGAAAGCACACCACAUAUUGUUGGAGGUUGAGGUACAAAAAGGUUUCCUAAUCUGUCCAGAGACAUCAAGAAAAUUUCCUGUUGAGAAUGGUAUACCUAACAUGCUACUAAAUGAAGAUGAAGUAUGACAGAUCCACAGAAUAGAGAUAGUAAAAAAUUCAAGAGAAAUAUUAAAUGUGAAUAGUUCAGAGAUAUUAUUUGUGAAUUGUGAUACAUUCAGCAACAUUUUCUAGUAUGCAUCAUUUCCUCUGUGUUAGGCAUGCUCUCAUCUCUCUCUCAAUUCAUGUGUUAGUUACACCCAUCAUAUAAAUAAAUUUAGUUAGUGGACAUUUAUCGAAACAAUGUAAAGAGUUGAAAAAAAUAAGCUUGGAUGUUUGUAAGUAAUUAAGUAAU